UUAGGUUUUGGUAGGUUUUAGGGUUCGUCAUGGAAUGGCGGCCCUGCCUGAUCGUGGCGCUCGUCGCCUUCGCGUUUGAUUCGGUACUCACCGCUCUGGUUGUCAAGAAUGUCUCAUACACGAAGAUCGACUGGGAUGCGUACAUGGCACAGGUGUUUGGAUUUCUGUCUGGCGAAAGAAACUACGAGGAGCUCAGAGGCGACACUGGACCUUUGGUCUACCCGGCAGGGUUUCUGUAUGUUUACUCGGCUAUACGAUACCUCACUGGUGGAGCAGUUUCUUCUGCUCAGGUUAUCUUUGCGCUUCUUUACUUGGUGAACCUGGGUCUGGUUCUUUCAAUUUACGUGAGAACUCGCGUGGUUCCUUGGUGGGCGAUUUUCCUGCUGACUUUAUCAAAGCGACUACAUUCCAUCUUUGUCCUUCGCCUAUUCAAUGACUGUGUGGCGAUCACUCUCGCGCAUGCUUCUAUCGCCCUCUUCAUGUCACAAUGGUGGUAUGUCGGUAUGGCUGUGUUCAGUCUUGCCGUCUCGGUUAAGAUGAGCGUGCUCCUGUAUGCUCCCUCGCUUCUGCUGCUCCUGUGUAAAGCCCUAUCACUCGGCGGUGUUUUUGUCGCUCUGAUGGUGGCAGCACUUAUACAGGUUUUCCUAGGACUCCCCUUCUUGACAACGUACCCUGCAGCAUAUAUUUCAAGGGCUUUUAAUUUGGGUCGCGUCUUUAUUCACUUCUGGUCCGUGAACUUCAAGUUUGUUCCAGAGAGAUUUUUCGUAUCAAAAAUCUUCGCUCUCCUCUUGAUGGUACUGCACGUAGGCUUGCUGUUCCUCUUCUCCCAGCGCAAGUGGUGCAAGCACGAGAAGGGUAUGGCAGCAGCAUCUGGGAUACAAACAAUGCUGCGAAGGAGCGGGAAGCGGUUGUCGUUAUGGAGCAAGGCUUGGAGCUUGCCGCGGCGACAGACGCUAGGCCAAGAACAUGUCGUGGGAGUCCUCUUCACUGGAAAUUUUAUUGGCAUAAUUGCUGCGCGCUCCCUUCACUACCAGUUCUACUCCUGGUACUUUUAUAGCUUGCCAUAUCUACUUUGGAAGGCGCCUUUGCCGACUCCAGUGAGGCUGCUCCUCUUGAUCCUCAUCGAAAGCGUUUGGAAUGUUUAUCCAUCUACCGCAACCUCGUCGCUGGUACUGCUCGCUUGUCAUCUCGCCAUACUUUGGGGCCUGUGGCAUGCACCGUCCGAGUACCCUUACAGCGCAAAGAAGCCUGCCGCAAAAGAGAAAAAAAAUGUGAGUUCCAAAGCACCAGCAGGAGCCGCAGAGCCGCGCAAGAGCUUGCUCGAGAAAAAAAAAGAGGAAAAAAACAGUUGCGAGAAGACGAUAAAGCGAAAGAAAGAGAGCCAGAGAUAGUGUGCGUUAAGUCAAAUUCUUUGUCCACAUGGUGUACAACCUUCGGACAAAAAAAUCCCACUUGCGGCCCAUCUCUACACUUUAGCGGGCUGGCUUUUAAA